AUGAAGCUCGUCGCCGCGUUUGCUCUUACCGCCGGCUUCGCCGCUGCCGCUCCGGCGGCCGUCGUGGAGCGACAGGCCAACGGCGCCUGCUUCGUCAUCGGCAACCAGGUGCUGCCCAAGGAGACGUCGGACAUUGCCGCGCAGCUGCGGAACCGGGUGACGUGCGACACGUCGCGGACGACGAUCGCGGGGGUGCCGGACGUGUCGUCGGGGGGCGUGACCUUCUCGUCCGUCAACUUCGCGACCUCGUCGUCGUCCAAGACGCCGCUCGAGUUCGCGCUCGACCGCUUCGCCACCCCCACGCCCCUGCGCAACGCCGACUUGGCCACCUUCCAGCGCCGGCUCGACGUCUACCUCGCCACCGAGGCCGGCAUCCGCUCCGUCGGCGGCAGCCUCGCCAUCAAGGUGCCCAAGUUCUUCCUCCAGUUCCAGGUCUCCCGCAUCCAGACCGCCCAGGGAAACCCCCCGACCGCCCCGGGCGCCCAGGUUGAUCACCUGCUCGAGAAGGUGCUCAAGAACUCGCCCCGCGAGAGCCAGGCGUUGCGGGACCAGGUCACGGCGCUGGCCAAGGUUCUGUCCUGAGAUUGUAUUAAUUAAACCCGUGAGCCGUGAGCCGUGGGCUGCGUGGGAUGGGCGAGAGCCGGGAAACUGGGGAACUGGAUACAAAGCUUUGUUAAUUGUUGUCGGGUCAGAUGCGAGACUGAUUGGGACCGGGACAAGCGAAUCGUAGGGCGGGUCAGAAAGUGCAGAAUCAAAGGGUUCCUGUAUUGUAGGAGGUUGAAAAGAAGACUGUCGUUU